UCAAAAUCAGAUUCGAAAUCGAAACAGAACCCUAACUUUUCAGAGCGAGAGAAACGCAGGAGACGAACGAACAAGAACGAUGUCUGGUGCUGCACCCACUCCCAACACUGAAGAGGACAAGAAACCUAACGAUAUCGCUCAUAUCAAUUUGAAGGUCAAAGGCCAGGAUGGCAAUGAAGUAUUCUUUAGGAUAAAGAGGAACACUCAACUGAAGAAGCUGAUGAAUGCAUACUGCGAUCGUCAAUCUGUGGACCUGAAUUCAAUUGCCUUCCUAUUCGACGGACGUCGACUUAGGGCUGAACAGACCCCUGAUGAGCUCGAGAUGGAGGAUGGAGAUGAGAUCGAUGCUAUGUUGCACCAAACUGGCGGAGCCCUGUCAGUUUAAGUUAUUCUGCUGGUUCUUGUGAAAACUUAAAUACAUAAUUAGGGAUUAGUUAUUUGGGUGUAUGAAACCUAUUGAUUUGCAAUAUGAGAAGUGUGAUAGACAUCUUUAUUUUAGACCUUAUUUGAAAAAUCUGACAUGCUCUUGGGGAGUUUUGUCAGUAAAUGUCACUAUGAAAUAUGGAGUUUUCUGUUUGACC